AUGAAGUCCACCAGCACCCUUCGCGGGGCUGCCGCCGCCGCCGCCCUGUCCCUGCCUGCCCUGAGCCAGGCCAAGAACUGCUCCAAGGGCUGGGUCGACUCGGAGAAGCUGCAAGCCCUCAUCAACCUCGAGGACCUGCUGGCCGGCUCGCAGAAGUUGCAGGACUUUGCCGACGCCAACGGGGGCAACCGGGCCUUUGGCGGUGGCGGUCACAACGCCACCGUCGACUGGCUCUACGACAGCCUCGACAGCCUCGACUACUACGACGUCGUCAAGCAGCCCUUCACCGAGCUCUUUGCACGGGCUGAGGGCGUCCUGACCGUGGCGGGCGAGGAGGUGGACUCGUCGCCUGCCACCUACACGCCAGGCGGCGAGCUCAGCGGGCCCCUGAUCGCGGUCGAGGGUCUGGGCUGCACCGCCGAGGAGUUCCCCGCCGAGGUCGAGGGCAACAUUGCCCUGCUCUCGCGUGGCACAUGCUCCUUUGGCGCCAAGGCCACCGCGGCCAAGGCAGCGGGCGCCAUAGGCCUCGUCAUCUACAACAACGUGGAAGGCUCCCUGGCCGCCACCUUGGGGGACCCCUUUGGCGACUACGCGCCCACCGUCACCAUCAGCCUGGAGGACGCCCAGCCCAUCCUGGAGCAGCUCGCGGCCGGCGACGUCCAGGCCGAGCUGAGCCUCGACGCCCUCGUCGAGUCGCGUGUCAACUACAACGUCAUUGCCGAGACCAAGGCCGGUGACCACGACAAUGUCCUGAUCCUGGGUGGACACUCGGACUCCGUCUUUGCCGGCCCUGGCAUCAACGACGACGGCUCGGGCUCCGUCGGUGUCCUCCGCGUGGCCGAGGCCCUUGCCGGUUUCCGGAUCAAGAAUGCCGUACGCUUCGCCUUCUGGGGCGCCGAGGAGUUUGGCAAGCUCGGCUCCUACUACUACGUCAAUCAGCUGAGCACGUCGGACGUGGAGCUGGCCAAGAUGCGCGCCUACCUCAACUUUGACAUGAUUGCCUCCCCCAACUACAUGUACGGCAUCUACGACGGUGACGGCAGCGCCUUCAACCUGACGGGCCCCCCCGGUUCCGACGCCAUCGAGAAGGAGUUUGAGGAGUUCUACGACCGCAACGGCGCCGGCCACGUGCCCACCGACUUUAGCGGCCGCUCCGACUACGCGGCCUUUAUCGAGAACGGCAUCCCCUCCGGCGGCUUGUUUACCGGCGCCGAGGGCGUCAAGACGGAAGAGGAGGCGGCGCUCUUUGGCGGCGAGGCGGGCGUCGCGUACGACGUCAACUACCACCAGGCCGGCGACGACAUGAGCAACCUCAACCACGAGGCGUACCUGCUCAACACCAAGAGCAUCGCCAACUCGGUGGCCAAGUACGCCAUGAGCUUCGAGUCCAUCGAGCCGGUCGACAUGCGCAAGAGGCGCUGGGCGUCGGACCACGCCCAGCUCUGGGAGAGGUCGGGCGUCCACGCGGCGGCCACGCACGACCAUGUCGGCCCCUGCGGUGUCCCUGGCAAGUCUCAUUAA